AUGUCUGCCUACGUGCAUCCACUUCUAGAUUGCUUUUCGUCGCUUUUAGACGGCAAGUUGGCGAAAUACAGCUCUCUGGUGUUCCUCACCCUCCAGAAUGUGGUUCUGGUCCUGCUCUCACGGUACGUGCGUUCCCGCCCCGGUGACAUGUUCAUCUCCUGCACGGCCGUAGUAAUGAGCGAGGUAGUUAAGUUUGUGGUGUGUCUGUGCUUGGUGCUCUUUGUGGAGGAGGGUGGACGUCUGCGUGGCUUCCUUGGAAGCAUCCGAGACAACCUCCUCACCGAUUGGCGCGACAACCUCCUUAUCGGCGUGCCAGGCAUUGUCUAUGCCAUCCAAAACAACCUCCUCUACAUCGGUGUCUCACACUUGAAUCCCAGUGUCUUUCAGGUAACCUACCAACUCAAGGUGUUUACGACCGUGCUGUUCUUCCGUGUCCUGCUUCAUCGAGUGCUCACCUCGAAGCACUGGCUCGCGCUCGGCUGCCUCUUUGUCGGGGUCGUCACGGCACAGAUCGACCCCGCCAACGCGAGCUCCGCCCUUGUCGGUCGGCCGGGCCAGAACCCGCUGAUCGGCCUCACCGUUGUCAUUGUCGCCUGUGUGCUGUCCGGCUUCGCUGGGGUCUUCUUCGAGCUGAUGCUGAAGUCGACCAAGAAGUCCAUUGUUAUGCGCAACAUCCAGCUCUCUGUGUACGGCAUAGUCGCGGGUCUGGUGCAGGUGUUCAUUCAGGAGAAGGACAUCGUCACCACAAAGGGCUUUUUCUUUGGCUACGACGGACUCGUGUGGCUGGUGAUCUUUGUCCAGUCCCUGGGGGGUCUGCUGGUGGCAGCGGUGGUGCGCUACGCCGACAACAUUCUCAAGACCUUCGCCACCUCUGUCGCCAUUGUACUCACCCUGAUCUGCUCCGUGGUUCUGUUUAACACACCGCUGACGAUUAUGCUGCUUGUAGGCAAUAUCCUGGUAAUCGGCUCAACAGCCUUCUAUGGCAUCCUGCCACCUCCUGCCCUAAAAACUGAAGUGCCCUCGGACAUGAUCCCUCGAUCUGACAACGCCGGCGAAUCGCUCAAGCCGACGUAG